CUUCCUUUCACCCUCUACUUGCUCCGUCUAGUAUGACUACACCAUCUGCGCCAUACAAGACUCAUUUUAGUCCGUCUUGACAAGAAAAGUUGACACCGGGUUCGACAACCAAAUUAUUAUUCUGCGCUGCGGCAUGUUGUCUGAGCCUAGACGUUAUGUGGAGGAGAAAGAUCGAACCAAAAUAGACCUUGAGGGUUUCGAAACAGCCCUGGAAGCUCUCGACGAAGAACUGAGCAAAGACGCAUUCAUCACUGCCUUCGCUCCCAUCCAACUACUAUGCUCAGGCGAGUUCCUUUGUCUCAAAUAUCUCAAAUGCCGUAACACCGCAUUCGAACUCGAUUUUCUCCUCGACCCUGAAUGGUCUAAAGAUGAAGACAUCAAGACACCUCUCUAUGCCUCCAUGGCCACCAUCACCCAGCGGUUAGGCUACGAUCAAGAAUGGCUUAACGAAGAUAUGGGCCUCUUCGUGACCAGAGCCUCGCGCGCUCGCCUUUUAGAAUGUGCAAAGAAGCAAGGCAUCGUUCUUUUCCGCGGCGAGAACGUUGUCAUUUAUGGCGCACCAAUGGAAUGGGCGCUCGAACGCAAGAUUAGACGAAUAUAUGCGUCUGGUAAACUUGAUAAAAAGGAACCCGAUGUUGCCGACGCGCUCGCUAUAAUGAAGUGGAUUCGCGAGAGAGACGAUAAGCAGCUGGAGAGAGAGUUCAUUCGCACCCUGAACCUGAGUACUUUUGAUAUGGUUCCGGAUGGUCAGACUAUGGAGCUGCUUGCUGAAGCAUACCGGGAGCGGUACGGAGAAGAGAUCUUCAGGCCUGGCAGCCAUCUUCCGUAUGAUUACCACCACCACCAUAGCAUCUCAUACGACCAAAGUUACUCAAACCACCCGAGCCACCAAACAAACUACCUUUACGGCCUUCCGGGCAGAUCAUCCAUGGGUUGA